CCCAUCCCCUCUCGGCGAUUCUCCUAGGGUUAGCGCCGCCGGCGGCCACCUCCGACGUCGCCCCCGGCGACCUCCGCCGCCGCACCGCCUACCCGUCCCGCCGCUCGAGCCGCGCCACAGAGGCUACCUCCGCCCGCCUCCGCCGUCGACCCCGGUCGCCCCGUGAAGAGCCGCCCUCUUCCACCGAUCGCCGGCAAGCCGCCCCCUCCCCCUCUCCGACCCUGCCCCGCACGUUUGUUCUGUUCUUAGCACUGCGCUGAUUUCAGUUGGUUGAUCCCUCAAAUUCUAAAAUGCUUACCAAAGGGAGGAGAGUUGCCGGGAGGGGUGAAGACAUGUCUGCACAUUAUGCAUUUGGGCCACAUGAGGAUGAUGCGAUUAUCAAACACCGGCUUCUGACUAGGAUCACAACUACCAGGGGUGAACCACCCCUAAAGAAGCUCCAAAAGAAGUUCAUGUCCUUCGCCACUGAGGUUGAGAAGGAUGCAGACAAUACAAAUGACUGUGAGAGGCUGUACAAGGCCUUUCUGCAGGAAAUUAAUACUUUUGAGUUGCCCCUUCUUAAAAGCAAGGCUGUAGUUGAUGCAAAUCUCAGGGAGAAGGAGAGCUUCAACGAGCUGCAGGUUGAGAUCCAGCGACAAAUCUUGCAAGCUCAGACUGAUAUUGAGGAUCUUAAGAAACAACUUGAACAGAGCAAGAUUGAGAGGCAGCACAAAGAGGAGUGUGAAGCGAUCAGAAAAUUGAUUUCCUCGCAGCCUCCACGGUCAGAAACCGAGAAACUUAUUGCUAAUCUUGAGAAGGAGAUAGCUAAUUUGGAGGCAGAGAGUGCAGCAUGUACAAGGACGUUAGAGCUUAGGAAGAAGCAGUUUGCUCUUCUUCUUCAUGUGGUGGAGGAAUUGCAAAUCUCAAUCGAAGAUGAGCAAAGGAACAUAGCAGAUGAGCUGAGAGCUGCUACUGAAGAGCCAAAGUUGAGCAUAGAGGAAGGCAGCGGCGGUGCUUCGGAUGCAAUGGCUGUAGACUGAUUAACGAUCUUAAUGCUAGCGAGUUGCUUACCCUGUACGCUCAAGCAUGCUUCAGAGUUUCUGGGCACCGUGUUUCUUUGUAGGAGACCCCUUUUUUUGUCGUUGCUGUGGUUUCUUAAACUGUAAGCUGUAUUCGAUGCUGAAACCAUGGCGUGCUUGUAUGAUAGAAAGGCAUAAUUCAUCGUGGUGUAAUAUGUUCUCCAGAUUCAGAUUUGUUGCGUUAUUAUUUAUCGAAACGGUGGAGUCAACAGUA